AUGUACCUAUGUUGGAUUCAAACGUCAGCACCUUCAACUGAUGAGAUUAAGCUGGAAAUCAAUACCAAUGUUGAGAUUGGUAGAGCUUUAAUCUAUUUUAGCCAUGGAGAGGCUUGUUGGAUGGGCAUAACCGGGAUUUCUCCAGUCUGCAUUGGAUUGGAAGUGGCUGGAUUGACGAUUUCUGAUCCGUAA